GGUGGGGUGUCCAGCGAGCGGUCUCCUCCUCCUGCUAGUGCUGCUGCGGCGUCCCGCGGCCUCCCCGAGUCGGGCGGGAGGGGAGAGCGGGUGUGGAUUUGUCUUGACGGUAAUUGUUGCGUUUCCACGUCUCGGAGGCCUGCGCGCUGGGUUGCUCCUUCUUCGGGAGUGAGCUGUUCUCAGCGAUCCCACUCCCCGCCGGGGCUCCCCACACACACUGGGCUGCGUGCGUGUGGAGUGGGACCCGCGCACACGCGUGUCUCUGGACAGCUACGGCGCCGAAAGGCAAGAAGGGAAGGGGUCGCCGGGGAGGCUCCACACUUCUUGCCGGGUAGCCAGGCGCGGGCCAAGGAGGAAGAGGGGACAGCCCUGGCUCUCAGUUGCCUUUGCCGCCGCCGUCCAGUUUGAAGUGGGGCAUUUAAAGACCAGAACCCGCAGGCCGGGGAGGAGGGAGAGGGCGUCCAGGCAGACGGCGGUGAGGACUGCAGCAGGCGGCCGGGAGGCGCGUCCAGCCAGGCGCCGAGCCCACAGUGUCCCUCCCGCGCCCUAGACGGACGGUGCUGCGGGCACGGGAGGGACACUUUGUCCCCUCCCAGUCCACCUUCCUUCUGCAGCUCAGACCCGAGGGGCCGAGAAGGGGCCUGAGCAGGGAAGGGACACAGGCGUCCUGAAACAAAGCUUUGGGUGAGAGCAGAGGCGAGGAGCCAGAGAAGUGAACUCCUCCUUUCCGUGGCCGCUCUUAACUAAAAUUCCAGAUGGCAAACUCAAUGAAUGGCAGAAACCCUGGUGGUCGAGGAGGAAAUCCCCGAAAAGGUCGAAUUUUGGGUAUUAUUGAUGCUAUUCAGGAUGCAGUUGGACCCCCUAAGCAAGCUGCCGCAGAUCGCAGGACCGUGGAGAAGACUUGGAAGCUCAUGGACAAAGUGGUAAGACUGUGCCAAAAUCCCAAACUUCAGUUGAAAAAUAGCCCACCAUAUAUACUUGAUAUUUUGCCUGAUACAUAUCAGCAUUUACGACUUAUAUUGAGUAAAUAUGAUGACAACCAGAAACUUGCCCAACUCAGUGAGAAUGAGUACUUUAAAAUCUACAUUGAUAGCCUUAUGAAAAAGUCAAAACGGGCAAUAAGACUCUUUAAAGAAGGCAAGGAGAGAAUGUAUGAAGAACAGUCACAGGACAGACGAAAUCUCACAAAACUGUCCCUUAUCUUCAGUCACAUGCUGGCAGAAAUCAAAGCAAUCUUUCCCAAUGGUCAAUUCCAGGGAGAUAACUUUCGUAUCACAAAAGCAGAUGCUGCUGAAUUCUGGAGAAAGUUUUUUGGAGACAAAACUAUCGUACCAUGGAAAGUAUUCAGACAGUGCCUUCAUGAGGUCCACCAAAUUAGCUCUGGCCUGGAAGCAAUGGCUCUAAAAUCAACAAUUGAUUUAACUUGCAAUGAUUACAUUUCAGUUUUUGAAUUUGAUAUUUUUACCAGGCUGUUUCAGCCUUGGGGCUCUAUUUUGCGGAAUUGGAAUUUCUUAGCUGUGACACAUCCAGGUUACAUGGCAUUUCUCACGUAUGAUGAAGUUAAAGCACGACUACAGAAAUAUAGCACCAAACCCGGAAGCUAUAUUUUCCGGUUAAGUUGCACUCGAUUGGGACAGUGGGCCAUUGGCUAUGUGACUGGGGAUGGGAAUAUCUUACAGACCAUACCUCAUAACAAGCCCUUAUUUCAAGCCCUGAUUGAUGGCAGCAGGGAAGGAUUUUAUCUUUAUCCUGAUGGGAGGAGUUAUAAUCCUGAUUUAACUGGAUUAUGUGAACCUACACCUCAUGACCAUAUAAAAGUUACACAGGAACAAUAUGAAUUAUAUUGUGAAAUGGGCUCCACUUUUCAGCUCUGUAAGAUUUGUGCAGAGAAUGACAAAGAUGUCAAGAUUGAGCCUUGUGGGCAUUUGAUGUGCACCUCUUGCCUUACGGCAUGGCAGGAGUCGGAUGGUCAGGGCUGCCCUUUCUGUCGUUGUGAAAUAAAAGGAACUGAGCCCAUAAUCGUGGACCCCUUUGAUCCAAGAGAUGAAGGCUCCAGGUGUUGCAGCAUCAUUGACCCCUUUGGCAUGCCGAUGCUCGACUUGGACGAUGAUGAUGAUCGAGAGGAGUCCUUGAUGAUGAAUCGGUUGGCAAACGUCCGAAAGUGCACUGACAGGCAGAACUCACCAGUCACAUCACCAGGAUCCUCUCCCCUUGCCCAGAGAAGAAAGCCACAGCCUGACCCACUCCAGAUCCCACAUCUAAGCCUGCCACCAGUGCCUCCUCGCCUGGAUCUAAUUCAGAAAGGCAUAGUUAGAUCUCCCUGUGGCAGCCCAACGGGUUCACCAAAGUCUUCUCCUUGCAUGGUGAGAAAACAAGAUAAACCACUCCCAGCACCACCUCCUCCCUUAAGAGAUCCUCCUCCACCGCCACCUGAAAGACCUCCACCAAUCCCACCAGACAAUAGACUGAGUAGACACAUCCAUCAUGUGGAAAGCGUGCCUUCCAGAGACCCGCCAAUGCCUCUUGAAGCAUGGUGCCCUCGGGAUGUGUUUGGGACUAAUCAGCUUGUGGGAUGUCGACUCCUAGGGGAGGGCUCUCCAAAACCUGGAAUCACAGCGAGUUCAAAUGUCAAUGGAAGGCACAGUAGAGUGGGCUCUGACCCAGUGCUUAUGCGGAAACACAGACGCCAUGAUUUGCCUUUAGAAGGAGCUAAGGUCUUUUCCAAUGGUCACCUUGGAAGUGAAGAAUAUGAUGUUCCUCCCCGGCUUUCUCCUCCUCCUCCAGUUACCACCCUCCUCCCUAGCAUAAAGUGUACUGGUCCGUUAGCAAAUUCUCUUUCAGAGAAAACAAGAGACCCAGUAGAGGAAGAUGAUGAUGAAUACAAGAUUCCUUCAUCCCACCCUGUUUCCCUGAAUUCACAACCAUCUCAUUGUCAUAAUGUAAAACCUCCUGUUCGGUCUUGUGAUAAUGGUCACUGUAUGCUGAAUGGAACACAUGGUCCAUCUUCAGAGAAGAAAUCAAACAUCCCUGACUUAAGCAUAUAUUUAAAGGGAGAUGUUUUUGAUUCAGCCUCUGAUCCAGUGCCAUUACCACCUGCCAGGCCUCCAACUCGGGACAAUCCAAAGCAUGGUUCUUCACUCAACAGGACGCCCUCUGAUUAUGAUCUUCUCAUCCCUCCAUUAGGUGAAGAUGCUUUUGAUGCCCUCCCUCCAUCUCUCCCACCUCCCCCACCUCCUGCAAGGCAUAGUCUCAUUGAACAUUCAAAACCUCCUGGCUCCAGUAGCCGGCCAUCCUCAGGACAGGAUCUUUUUCUUCUUCCUUCAGAUCCCUUUGUUGAUCUAGCAAGUGGCCAAGUUCCUUUGCCUCCCGCUAGAAGGUUACCAGGUGAAAAUGUCAAAACUAACAGAACAUCACAGGACUAUGAUCAGCUUCCUUCAUGUUCAGAUGGUUCACAGGCACCAGCCAGACCCCCUAAACCACGACCCCGCAGGACUGCACCAGAAAUUCACCACAGAAAACCCCAUGGGCCUGAGGCGGCAUUGGAAAAUGUCGAUGCAAAAAUUGCAAAACUCAUGGGAGAGGGUUAUGCCUUUGAAGAGGUGAAGAGAGCCUUAGAGAUAGCCCAGAAUAAUGUCGAAGUUGCCCGGAGCAUCCUCCGAGAAUUUGCCUUCCCUCCUCCAGUAUCCCCACGUCUAAAUCUAUAGCAGCCAGAACUGUAGACACCAAAAUGGAAAGCAAUCGACGUAUUCCAAGAGUGUGGAAAUAAAGAGAACUGAGAUGGAAUUCAAGAGAGAAGUGUCUCCUCCUCGUGUAGCAGCUUGAGAAGAGGCUUGGGAGUGCAGCUUCUCAAAGGAGACCGAUGCUUGCUCAGGAUGUCGACAGCUGUGGCUUCCUUGUUUUUGCUAGCCAUAUUUUUAAAUCAGGGUUGAACUGACAAAAAUAAUUUAAAGACGUUUACUUCCCUUGAACUUUGAACCUGUGAAAUGCUUUACCUUGUUUACAAUUUGGCAAAGUUGCAGUUUGUUCUUGUUUUUAGUUUAGUUUUGUUUUGGUGUUUUGAUACCUGUACUGUGUUCUUCACAGACCCUUUGUAGCGUGGUCAGGUCUGCUGUAACAUUUCCCACCAACUCUCUUGCUGUCCACAUCAACAGCUAAAUCAUUUAUUCAUUUGGAUCUCUACCAUCCCCAUGCCUUGCCCAGGUCCAGUUCCAUUUCUCCCAUUCACAAGAUGCUUUGAAGGUUCUGAUUUUCAACUGAUCAAACUAAUGCAAAAAAAAAAAAAGUAUGUGUUCUUCACUACUGAGUUUCUUCUUUGGAAACCAUCACUAUUGAGAGAUGGGAAAAACCUGAAUGUAUAAAGCAUUUAUUUGUCAAUAAACAGCCUUUUGUAAGGGGUUUUCACAUGA